AUGUCUGUGUGCGAUUCGGCGAGUGUUGACAUCGAAAGCAAUGGAACGAUUGCUGCAGGCGAAAUGGCAACUCUUUCGGAGACUGAUUUUCCGCCUUGUAAUACACAAGCAAAUUCUACAGUCCUAGAGGCCUUUCCAAUAAAGUCGGGCUACGUGACAAAGGGGAGCAAAGCCACAAAUUUACCUUUGGACGAUGAAGUUGAAUUUCGUGGGGAAUUGUGGAAUGGACAAGGACUCGCAAGUACGGACGAGACCGUGAUCGAGAAUCCAAACUUAGAAAGCGCAUCUGCUGGCACCACGAGCAUCGGCGAAAAAAGAGAACGCAAGUAA